CGGGCACGUGACUAAAGGUGGAAUUACAAGGUUUAAACAACACUUGACUGGGAAGCACCGCAACACAAAACAGUGUGAACUCAUUCCCGCUGAUAAGAGGGCUGAACUACAGGCGCUAGUCUUGAAAGAAUCUGCUGCUAACUCAGAAAAAAAUGUGUGUGAACAAACGUUUCGAAGUACAUACACAGUACAGCAGUCUGGUGGGUCAAGUGCCAAUAGGGUGAAUGGAGAUGAUGACGUUGAGAUAACUGGUUCUCAGUCAAAUGCAGAGGGAGGUGGUGUGUCUGGGCCUAUGGAUAAGUUCGUAUAUCCAACAAAAAAACGUAAGAAGGAGGCAUUGACACAAUCAACAAUCCCAUCACACUUGAAGAAAAAAGAGAGGGAUGAAUAUGCUCAAAGCCUUUGUUUGUGGUUUUACAGGAACAACAUCUCCUUUAAUGUGGUUCAUGACCCUUUGCUGAAAGAAACACUAGAAAAGAUUGGCAGGUUUGGAGCCGGGUUUAAAGCACCAACGUAUCAUGAAGUGAGGGAGACGUUCUUGCGAAAAGAGGUAGCCAAAACAGAUCUGGUGGUCAGUGAGCACAAAAAAUUCUGGGAAUUAGAUGGCUGCACUAUUAUGUCAGAUGGGUGGCAGGAUAAAAGGCACAGAACUCUAGUGAACUUGUGCGUGAAUUCUAGCAAGGGGACAGUGUUCAUGAAAGCCGUAGAUGCUUCAUCUUACAAGAAGACCGGGGAAGCACUUUUCAAGCUCUUUGAUGAGUGGAUUAAAGAAAUAGGUCCUCAAAGUGUGAUACAAGUUGUGACCGACAAUGCUAAAAAUUAUGGAUUAGCGAAGAGGAAAAUAGAACAAAGAUAUCCACAUAUCUUCACAACGGGAUGUGCAACUCACUGUCUUGACCUUGUUCUAGAAGACUUUUCAAAGAAGAUGCCGAUAGUUAGAAGAACUGUGAAGACGGCACAAGGGAUUACUACCUACAUCUAUAGCCAUACCCUUGUUCACGACUUGAUGAAGGAAUUUACCAAGGGGAGAGAGCUAGUUAGACCUGCUGCCACCCGCUUUGCCACUAACUUUCUGACUCUUCAAAGUCUUCUCACGCAGAAACACGCAUUGAGGCAAAUGUUUGCUUCACCGAAAUGGUAUGAAAGUGAGUUUGCAAAAACUACGGAAGGUAAAUCUUGUUUUGAGUCGAUUUAUCGUCAAAGCUUUUGGAGAAGUGUUGCCUAUGUUAUGAAGAUUUCUUUGCCCGUAGUGAAGGUAUUGAGAAUUACUGAUGGAGAGGUGCCUCCAAUGGGCUUUAUUUAUGAGGCUAUGGAGAGAGCGAAAUUGGGAAUAAAAAACACAUUGGGAGGUAAAGAAGAGAAAUACAUGCCUCUUUGGAAGAUAAUAGAUAAACGUUGGAAUGAGAACCUGCAUUCUCCAUUACAUGCAGCGGGGUAUUAUCUCAAUCCUCAAUUCUUCUACCCUAAUUCACGGCGAAUCCUCGGAGAUGAAGAAGUAUGUGAUGGCUUUAUAAAGUGUGUGGAGAAGAUGUUGCCCACUAGCAUUGGAGAGAGUGUAGAGUUCUCAACUGAGAUAUCAAACUAUACAAAUGCUAGAGGAAGUUUCCGAACUAAUAUGGCAAUGAACAAUAGGGACAAACAACCACCGGUUGACUGGUGGCUUGCAAAUGGCUCCUCGUCUCCCACUUUGCAACAUCUUGC